AUUGUACUGUAAAAUGCGUCAAAAAAGUUUUGACUCCAACAUCUCAGUAUCAAAGAAUUCCAAACAUGGGAAGAAGUCGUCUUACACAUUCACAAACGUAGCAGCAAUUAACGGCCGCCUCGUGACAGGGCACCAAAAAACCUUUUGUUCCAUUCCACCGAACCACUGGCCUUUGAAGGAAUGCACCAAGUCAAAGGCGCAUCGAGCGUAACGUCAAAAGGAAAUACAGUAUAAUUCAAACUGGUCUCUGAAAAGGGAAGAAAGAAUCGCGCAUGCGCCGAGCGCGCUCCACAGCCUCCGCUGAAUGGUGGUCGGGCGAACAGUAGCUCCACGAUCGCGGCCCCGACUCAAACGAGCGAACGAAUCGAACGCGCGCUAAACUACGAAAACUUUUAUAAAAAUGCGACGCUGUCGCUCUAGAAUUUGGAACGUUUUUUGAUUAAAAAAUAACCCUUGGUUUCUUUUAGUGACAAGAUGAGUUGGUUGAAAAACUUUGUGAUGAAGUGGUCACAGUUGUUUGUUCUCGGAGUUUCAGUGUUGUUUCGGUGUACGGAUUCUGUUGAUUUACCAAGAUUCGUGGGUCCAGGGUCUAACGUGACAGUCGCUGUCGGCAGGGAUGCAGCGUUAACAUGUAGAGUUGAUAAUUUGCAGACAUUUAAAGUGGCGUGGCUCCGGGUGGACACUCAAACCAUCCUCACCAUAGCGGGGCAUGUGAUCACGAAGAACCACCGCGUCAGCGUCAGCCACGGCGACGGCGCCUGGACCCUCGGGCUGAAGGAGAUCGGGCCGUCAGACGGAGGCCGCUACAUGUGCCAGGUCAACACCGAGCCCAUGAUGAGCCAGACGCAUCAGCUUCAGGUUGUAGUUCCACCUGACAUUGAUGAUGAUGCGAGUAGUGGUGAGGUCCUGGUGAAGGAGGGAGAGAACGCGGCACUCCGGUGCGUGGCCUCGGGCACCCCGCCCCCGAACAUAGCCUGGCGGAGGGAGGACUCCAGGCACUUCAAGAUUGAUAACCAAACUCUAGUAUCAAAAUGGAGCGGUCCGUGGCUCAACUUGACGGGGGUCGAGCGCGUCCUGUCGGGCGCCUACCUGUGUAUCGCCACGAACGGCGUGCCUCCGUCAGUCAGCAAGAGAAUCCAGAUUAAUGUGAUAUUUUCCCCGUCCGUGUGGGCUGGUCGUGUUGCGAUCCGCGCCCCCUCUGGCGGCUCCGUGACGCUGCAGUGCACGGCCGAGGCGUACCCCGCGCCGCAGGUCCACUGGACACUCAAUGGGGAACUGAGGCUUAUGAAUGGUACCAAGCAUAGGCUGAGUAUGACGUCCAGGGGGUACCGGCACACCGUCAGUCUCAUGGUGACGGACAUGUCCCGGGAGGAUGCCGGGGCAUACCGCUGCCACGUCGAGAACACCCUGGGGAGAGCCCAGGCUGAACUGUUCCUGCAUUUACUGACCACAACAACAACCACAACCACGACCACCACCACAACCACGACGACGACCACUACUACGACGACAGUACCGCCGCCGACCACCACGCUGUUACCAUAUGACCCUGAGAGGCAUUUGGAGCAGCUUCACCGUGGGGUGCUUGAAGACCCCGACAACCCAUACAUUGUUUUGAGCCAACACCAAAUGCAAAACCUUGAAAUGGUGACGACGAUGUGACCGGAGGCCGGGCGCGGGCCGUGGGGCGAGGCGUGGCCGCCG